CAAACAUGGACACUGAUCCUGUCAAUCGUUGUCUUUUCAAGGCGGCACUUGUCCUGGAGAGCAUGUAAUAUAAAUGCAGCAUAUUGACCUGGUUAUUGCUGAAGCAUCAAAUCCAUCUUUCCUGAUCUUCGAAAAAACAGACACUUCUCACUCAAGAAAUCAUUCUCACAAGAAACAAAUCAAACAUGUCCUCGAUCAAGAAAUUGGAUAGCCGUCCACUGGGAAAGAAUGGACCUGAGCUUCCACGCCUCGGUCUAGGUCUCAUGAGUGCUAGCGGUAUGUACGGUCCUUCGCCUCCAGAUGAUGAGCGUUUUGCUUUUCUGGACGAGGCGUACAAAAGGGGUGAAAUCUUCUGGGAUACUGCCGACAAGUACGCUGACUCCGAGGACCUACUCGGGAAAUGGUUCGCUGCGAAUCCUGGAAAGCGGGAGCAUAUUUUCCUUGCCACGAAGUUUGGCUUCAGGGGCCAUACUCCAGAGGGAGGACUGCAUAUCGAUUCAUCGCCGGAGUACUGCCGCCAAGCCAUCGAAAAGUCUCUAGGCAGACUCCGUUUACCUUUCGUUGAUUUAUAUUACGUCCACCGUCUGGAUGAAGUUACACCAAUCGAGAAGACGAUGGAGGCAAUGGUAGAACUGAAGAAGGCAGGAAAGAUCAAGCAUAUAGGGCUUAGCGAGUGCAGUGCAGAUUCCCUGCGUCGUGCGCAUGCUGUCCACCCGGUCUCUUGCGUGCAGGUUGAAUAUAGCAUAUUCUGCACGGACAUUGAGCGAAACGGAUUGCUUCAGACCGCGCGCGAGCUUGGCGUUGCUAUUGUCGCCUACAGUCCGUUGGGUAAUGGCCUCCUCAGUGGUACGAUCCGAAAGCGCGAGGAUGUCACUAAGCCUGGAGAUUUGCGCGGCAUACUCCCCUGGCUCCGUGAGGAAAACGUGGAGAAGAACGUGGCGAUAGUCGACAAGAUCUCGGAAAUUGCAAAGGCGAAGGGGAUUACCACAGCACAGUUGGCUCUUGCGUGGGUGCUCGCGCAGGGGGGUGACAUUUUUGCGAUUCCAGGGACGAAGAGAGUUGACCGCUUGGAAGAGAAUCUAAGGAGUCUUUCGGUGCCCUUGUCACAGGCAGAGGAGAAGUCGAUUCGCCAACUAGCGGGGUCUAUUGUGGGCGGACGAGUUCAGGCCAUGUUUGGCUUCGAAUUCGCUGACACUCCGCCCCUGUAGUUGUUUAUGAUUAGAAAAUGUGCAAUAUAGGGAAAUCCCAUAUUAUUUCUCGUUCUAGUGCACCUUCAAUGCUAGAUAGAAUG